CCCAGGGUGGGCACCAGCCGGCCAUGGCCGCAGCUGAGACCGCCUUGCCCUCCAUCAGCACGCUGACCACCCUGGGCCCCUUCCCGGACACACAGGAAGACUUCCUCAAGUGGUGGCGCUCAGAGGACGUUCAGGACUUGGGUCCAGGUCCCCCUGAUCCCACCGGGCUGCCCCUCCACGUGAGGUCGGAGUCGCAGGACGCGCCCAGGGAGGACGAAGACGACGACGAGAGGGACUCGGCCACCUCCUGGGAUCUGGAUCUCCUUCUCACCAAUUUCCCGUGCCCAGAGCCGGGCGGCGCGCCUCAGGCCUGCGCUUUGGCGCCCGGCGAGUGCUCCGCGGUGCAAUUCCCGCUGCCGCCCCCGCAGCUGCCGCCGCCGCCGCCGCCGCCGCCGCCGCCGCCCGAGACUCUGGGCUCGUAUGUGGGCAGCUCAGGGCUGGUGGCUGGGCUCUUGGCUCCCGAGGAGCACCCGGGCUGGGCACGCCCGGCCCCAAGAGCCCCGGGCCCCGACACCUUCGUGAGCUCAUCCCUGGGCCCAGCUCCCGAGCCCAAGGCACUGCCGCUGCAGCCGGUGUACCCGGGGGCAGGUGCGAACCCCUCCGGCAGCUACUACUCGCGGACCGGGCUUUCGGUGCCCACGACGCCAGGCGCCCCCUACGGGCUGCUGUCCGGGUACCCAGCGCUGUACCCGGUGCCGCAGUACCAGGGGCACUUCCAGCUCUUCCGCGGGCUCCCAGCGCCUGCUCCCGGCCCCACCGCACCCCCCUCUUUCCUGAGUUGUAUGGGACCCGGGACGGCGGGGGUGGGACUCCGGGGGACCGCAGGAGACCCAGGAGGGAUCGCGGAGGCCGCGCCAUCCAAACGCAGCCGGCGAUCCUGGGCGCGCAAGAGGCAGGCGGCGCACACAUGCACCCACCCGGGCUGUGGCAAGAGCUACACCAAGAGCUCACACCUGAAGGCUCAUCUGCGCACGCACACAGGGGAGAAGCCCUACGCCUGCACGUGGGACGGCUGUGGCUGGAGGUUCGCACGCUCAGACGAACUGACCCGCCACUACCGGAAGCACACUGGACAGCGCCCCUUCCGGUGCCAGCUCUGCCCGCGCGCUUUUUCGCGCUCCGAUCACCUGGCCUUGCACAUGAAACGUCAUCUUUGAGCCCUGCCCCGACACUUGGACCUUCCUGGGGAUUGGGGAUGGAGCAAGAGUGGACCCCCUCAGGGUGGUUUUCCCUCGGAUGGACCCUCUCCCAGAUUCGCGGCCCCACAGAUCCACUCAAAUUGGAUCAAGGACUGGCCCAUAGACAGCCUCCAACCAAAGCUCCCACACGUCGUCAGCCACAGGGAGCCACACAGAGACAUCCAAUGGUCACACAGACACAACCAGACAAACCUCCAAAUAAAUGGACUCAGUUGGACA